AAUGAGAUUGAGUGGAAGGAUUGGGUAUCUGGAACGCGAUUGAAGAAAUUUGUGGCGAGAGAAGAGGUCUGACUUUACGAAGAUAGCCAUGCCAAGAGGAGGGAAGGGGACACGGCCGCCUCGGAAGCCGUUGGGCGCAUCAGGAGGAUAUGAGCGGCAUGGGCCUCGCCAUCGGGAGAGCACUCCAGAGUACGAUGGUGACGACAUCGAGCUAUUCCUGGAAAACUCCUGGGAGCAUGCACGGCGUAUGGGCUUGGACUGUGACCCAGGGGAUUGAGAGGUUGAUGGGAGUCGGCAAAUUCGAGGAGCCCGUUGCGCGGAUCCGUAGGGAGGCGACGACGAGGUUAGAGGUGGAGUUGAGGAUGCAGAAGCUGCGACCCUGGCCUGUAGAACCUGAUAACGGGCAGAUCCGCCUGGAGAUUGCGAAUGCGUCGGAAUUCAUCCCCGCCUUUGAGCGGUUCAUGCAGGGGCAAGUGGAGUUUCAUCGGUUUACCGAUGGUGGACUGAGGAGGUCGCCAGCACGCACACAGGAGGAGCCGCCAACGUCUGAGGGGCUCUUGAGGGAGUUGGAGGCGCAUUUGGACAUCUCUCGGUGGAGAGCGUCGCCUCGGGGUGAGGAGCAUGGAGAGCAGGCAGUGGCGGUGCCACGAGAGGAGGUGCCACAGGAGGAGAUGCCACGAGAGAAGGUGUCACAGGAGGAGGUCCGGGAUACUCAGCGAGAGAGAGGGCUGGGCGAUGAGGGAAGACGUGCAGGGAAGGAAGUGAUAGAGGUUGAGGAGGACAAGCCCCCUCAGAUGCCAGCGGUGGGUUUGAGACUCGGGGAUGCACCAGGGAGCACUCGCCAGGCAGGAGAGGGUUUGCAGGGAGAGGAGGCCCCAUUGCCUUCAUCCGAAAAGGCUCCUUCGCCAGAAGGAAGAGCAGAAAGAAGGAGAGAGAAGGCAGCUGUAAGGAGAGAGGCCUUGACCCUGAUUGACAGACAUCUAGCAGCUCAUGCCCUGGAGCACCCAGACUUGGAGGAGCCAGCACCUGCAGAGUCGCGCCAGGAGCCGUGCCAGCCCGAGAAGGAGGUGGAGGCAGAGAUCCCGAAGAGGGUCGACCUCCGCACGAGGGAGAGGGCGCCAGCUGGAGAAACAACUCAAGAAAAGAGGGCGAGAAGGACCAGGAGGAUAGAAGAGAUAUGGCAAGAGAGGCAAAGGUUGGAGGCGGCGGGGGCACUUCCGGAGCAGCAACAGGAAAGGCAGAGAUCAGAGGCAGCAGGAGCGCUCCCAGGUCAGUCACCGAGCGCGCCAGCUAAGGCCCCGGAAAUCCCAGAGAUGUGGAGGAACUUCUGGGAACAGAGAGGAGAGGAGCUUCCUUCGCCAAUCAGAGCCGGGUUUGGGAUAGCAAGAAAGGCGGAAGAAAGAUUGGAUCGCAAAAUCAAGUUCCUGGCCAAGACAACUUUUGGCAGACACUUGUUAUUGGAGAGCGAUCUGGCGGGGAAGAAAACAAAGAAGGAAGGUCAUGGAGAACGCCAGGAGGCUAUCGAGGUGGAAAUCCAGGAACUGAAGGCACUGGUGGUCAGUCAGGCAGCUAUCAUCGAGAGCCUGAGGCAGCAAUCUCAGGGAAAGGUGGACAAGCCAGAGAGCAGCUGGCAUGGAGAGCAGAGGCAGUCAGGACAGGGUUUGCCAGGACAGCUAUCUGCAGCAGGGCCUCGUCGGGAGCCACCUAUGGGGAGAGUUAUCCUGGAGCCAGAGGAGGCGAGAGCCCAUAGGGAGGCGGAGAGAGAGGCCUUCGAGUUCAGAGCCCCUACCGAGCUCACGACGCUGCCUCCAGCAGCGGCGGGCCUAGUGGUACAUUUGGCAGUUGAGGAGGGGCUACCACCAUCUAGCAGUGAGCCGGCUCAAGGCCCAGCAGAGGGAUCCAUGAGCGUGCUCCUUGAGGCAGUGCAUACUAUGCAAGAGGAGACGAGUUUGUUUUCACCUGAGCAGAGGAUAGAGGAGCCUCUUGAGAGAGAGAUGGGGAUUGAGGCGUAGGGUGUCAUCGAGGGCGGGCUCCAGAGGUUGGGCACGC